UGUGGGUAAUGUAGUUUUGCUGCUCUUCCUAAGUGUACAUAGUUGAACGCGACGGACUACAAAUCCCAGUGACCAUUGCGUUGCAGAAGCAGGUGGAGGGAGGGAGCGCCUCCUAGCAUGGGAUUCCUCUGCUUUUCCGUGGGAUUUUAGCGCAGCCAAGCGACCGGCCGUAGCUAACUGCGAAAGCUCCUGGCAGCGCGCAACUUUUGGACUGUCAAGGAAGAUUCUUACACCUGUUUACUAAAAGGAGACAUCCGAUUACUUUAAUGCGCUGUGCGUGUCUUACUAGGAAGAGCAUCGAUUGCCAUUCAUCUUGUUUUUAAGCUUUAAAAAAAUAAAAUAAAAGAUAUGACAGAGAUGCAAGAGAUCGUGCGCGCUCCUUACUCCUGUAGCGAUCCUUACUCGUGCGGCUCCUAAAACCGGCGUUUAAAGGAGAAGUUUGCUGCGAUCGCCAUCUGCACUGUUGUAAUGUGUUCAGCGGAGGCUAAAGGCGGAGAGAGAGCCCCUUGAAGUGGUACAAUUCUUUUAUUUUCAGCCCCUUCUUACUCUUGCUUUCAUUUGCUCAUGUUUGUUGGAGCUGCUGAGGCGUCCAGCGAGAGAGAAGCUCAGAACUUUUGGGGAGAGGAUGAGGUUAUUGGAAUCCUGUGCGCUCUGCUGGUGAAGACUUGUCUUCUGCUUCAGGACCUCAGGCUUGACUGUUCCACUAAAGCCGGUCAUUCUCGCCCUCCUCCUUUCUCUUCGAUGCCAGUGAUGUUGAAACUGAGUUGGUGGUGCCUGGCGCUGAGCAGGGUCUGCCUGCUGAUUCCCUGUGCUCUGGUGCUAGCCAGGGUCCCUGGCUCAUCCUCACACCCUCAGCCUUGUCAGAUCCUCAAAAGGAUCGGGCACACGGUAAGAAUCGGCGCUGUCCAGCUUCAGCCCUGGAGAACCAGAGGCAUUCCGAGCCAGAACUCCCGUGCCUGGACCGAAAAUGACCCCAGGCUUCAGAAGCUGGUCUCAAACGGUGGCCAAGAUGCGGAUGAGGUUGAAGGGAUGGAUGGGCGACCAAGGGAUGAAGAUAAGAGCGGCUCGGAUGGACCUAAGGUGGGGAGAAAGUGGAGCCAUAGCCCACGGAGUUUUAUUGGCUACCGAGGUGGAGAUGAGUUGCUGUUUCCCAGAGAUGCCCUACUUUUGGCAGUGGAUAAUCUCAAUCGGGUGCCGGGGCUUUUACCCUACAAUCUCUCCCUGGAGGUGGUGAUGGCUAUAGAAGCCGGGCUAGGAGAUCUGCCCAUCCUCCCAUUUUCCUCCUCAACCAGCACCUCUUGGAGUAGCGACCCCGUGUCCUUCCUUCAGAGUGUCUGCCAUACCGUGGUGGUCCAGGGGGUUAGCGCCAUCCUGGCGUUCCCCCAAACCAAGGGCGAGAUGCUGGAGCUGGAGCUCAUCUCGUCCACCCUGCACAUACCGGUUGUUAGCGUUGUGCGAAGCGACUUUACCAGAAAAAGUGAGAAUCCACUUCACCUACAGCUUAGUCUUGAAAACUCAUUAACGUCGAAUGCGGAAGUCACCUUUUCCAUCUUGACCAUGAACAGCUGGUACAAUUACAGUUUAUUGAUUUGUCAGGACGACUGGAAUAUAACAGAUUUUCUCACACUGGCUCAAAAUAAUUCGAGAUUUCACCUUGGAUUAAUUAUAAACAUAACCGUAAAUCUGACUUUAAGCAAUUACAUGAUGAGCUACUUGCAAUUAAACUUGGAAAGCAUAAAGGACACCACAUCCACCAUUGUUAUGUUUGGUUGCGACAUGGAAGACACAAGACAAAUUUUUGAAAUGGCUACCCAUUAUGGAAUUGUGUUACCAGAAUUUCAUUGGGUUUUUGGAGACUCGCAAAGCGUUGAUGAAUUAAGAACUGAAGGAUUGCCGCUGGGACUUAUAGCUCAUGGUAAAACAAGAGAGUCCUUCUUUGAGCACUAUGUACAGGAUGCAAUGGAGCUAAUUGCAAGAGCCGUCGCCACGGCUUCUAUGGACCAGCCAGAACUAGCACUUAUUCCCAGUACGACCAACUGUAUGAACAGAGACACCAUGAACCUCACUUCUGGGCAGUAUUUAUCAAGGUUUUUAUCUAGCACAUCAUUUAGUGGUCUGAGCGGACACAUCAAGGUUAAAGAUUCUGCAGUUAUCAACUCAGAAAAUCAUUACUUUAUUUGGAAUUUACAACACGAUCCUCUUGGAAAUCCAAUGUGGACACGUCUUGGGAGCUGGCAAGGGGGAAAAAUUAUUAUGGAUUAUGGACUGUGGCCAGAUCAGACACAGAGACACAAAAAUCAGUAUCAACAACCUACACGAUUACACCUCAGGGUUGUGACUCUUAUUGAACCUCCUUUUGUGUUUACAAGAAAUGUUGAUGAUGAUGGCCAGUGUCCAGCAGGACAGUUGUGCUUAGAUCCCAUGACAAAUGACUCGGGUGUUCUAGAUAACCUCUUUGAAAGCUUGCAAGGAGAUAACGACACAGUGCCAAUUGAAUUAAAAAAGUGCUGCUAUGGCUACUGUAUCGACCUUUUGGAGAAACUAGCAGAAGAUAUGAACUUUGACUUUGACCUAUACAUUGUUGGUGAUGGAAAAUACGGGGCGUGGAAAAAUGGUCACUGGACAGGACUAGUAGGUGACCUCUUAAGUGGUGCUGCCCAUAUGGCUGUCACAUCAUUCAGUAUCAAUACAGCAAGAAGUCAGGUUAUUGAUUUCACCAGCCCAUUCUUUUCAACCAGUCUGGGUAUUUUAGUAAGGACCAAAGAUACUGCCGCUCCAAUUGGAGCUUUUAUGUGGCCACUUCAUUGGACAAUGUGGCUUGGGAUAUUUGUAUCGCUUCACAUUACGGCAAUAUUCCUAACACUUUAUGAAUGGAAAAGUCCCUUUGGGAUGACACCCAAGGGCAGGAACAGAAGCAAAGUGUUCUCCUUCUCCUCUGCUCUAAAUGUAUGCUAUGCCAUAUUAUUUGGCAGGACAGCAGCCAUCAAAACACCCAAAUGUUGGACCGGAAGGUUUCUAAUGAAUCUUUGGGCAAUCUUUUGUCUGUUUUGUUUAUCAACAUACACAGCUAACCUUGCAGCCGUCAUGGUAGGAGAAAAGAUUUAUGAGGAGCUUUCUGGAAUACAUGAUCCUAAGCUGCAUCAUCCUUCCCAGGGAUUUCGAUUUGGAACGGUUCGUGAAAGUAGCGCAGAAGAUUAUGUGAAAAAGAGCUUUCCUGAGAUGCAUGAAUAUAUGAGACGCUACAACACACCUUCUACUUCUGAUGGAGUAGCAUAUCUAAAAAAUGACCCAGAAACACUGGAUGCAUUUAUCAUGGAUAAAGCCCUUCUGGAUUACGAGGUGUCCAUAGAUGCAGAAUGCAAGCUACUCACAGUUGGCAAACCAUUUGCAAUUGAAGGUUACGGGAUCGGUCUCCCACCAAACUCCCCACUGACAUCGAACAUCUCUGAAUUGAUCAGUCAGUAUAAGUCAAGUGGAUUCAUGGACACGCUACAUGACAAGUGGUAUAAAGUUGUACCAUGUGGAAAAAGAAGUUUUGCUGUCACAGAGACUCUUCAAAUGGGUAUAAAACACUUCUCCGGGCUGUUUGUGAUGCUCUGCGUAGGAUUUGGCUUAUCUCUCCUUACCACCAUUGGAGAACACAUUGUGUUUAGAUUGGUCUUACCAAGAAUUAAAAAAAAAUCUAAACUGAAAUAUUGGCUUCAUACUAGCCAGCGUCUGCACAGAGCUUUAAACACAUCAUUCAAUGAGGAGAAAUUUCAGCAAAAAACGAAGAAAGUGGAGAAAAGGUGCAAUGCCGGAAACAAUCAACCUCGUGUGUGGAAUAUACCCAACCAAAGCUGUAACAGAAGAAAAUACAUCAUCAAAGAUGCACACAAUGAAUUAACUUUCCGACACCAGCAAGAUUUGCCUCUGCCCCAAUUAAGGAGGGAGACUCCAAAAUUACUAACCACCAACGGCAAAACUGAGUCUCUGAAUAUAUCUAGGAUCUCAGUGAUGCAGGAACUAACAGAGCUGGAAAUACAGAUUCAGGUUAUUAAGCAAGAACUGCAGAUAGCCAUGAACAGAAAAACUGAACUGGAAGAGUACCAGAGGACAAACAGGACUGCAGAAUCCUAGGAAACACAGUCUUGGCCGUGUAAAACUUAAUCUAGAACUUUGGGUAUCAAUGCAACGAUUGUGUCAAGGACAGAUGCCAUGUGCUGUGUGGACACCAAGCAAGAGUAAAUGACAGAUUUUCAUUACUCCUAAUAAGAUUUGUUUGUCGUUUUGUAGGAUUCAACCUGUAUUUCUUUUUUUUUUCUUCUGUGAAUUGUAAGCCAGUAUGAAAAAUGUGACCUUGGACUCUUUUAAAAUCCAGAACCGCACUUGCCCUCGUAUCCCUCCUAUGGCAUUAAAUGGAGGUUUUCACAUCUAAGCCCCUUAAUGUGCAUUAAUAAAAAAAAAACUAAAAUGAUUUUGAAUUA